GGAAAGUCGCGGGAGUGGACCCCACUUGGGCCACUAAACUGGUAGUGGAUUAUCCGGUUGCAGACAAUCAUCUAUAAAGGCGACCCCUCCACAUGGUCUUCCAUCAUUCUGGCUUCUUCGAGCAUUUCUUUUCCAUUUCAAGGUUACAAUUCACUACUGCGGCAUCAUGUCUCCUUCAAACGAUACUCAUCGCUCUACUCGAGCAUUGCACGCCGACGACCCGCUCAACCUCGUCACGGAUGUUGCGCCUCCAAUUCAUUUGUCUACAACAUAUAGGUUUCCCAGUGAUCCGAACGACCUCCUGCCAUCUGUGGACCCUGUGGAUGAGUUCGACGGAAAGAACUAUGUAUACUCUCGAGAGUUUGCCCCAAAUGCAACUCGCUUCGAAGCUGUUCUUUCAUCACUCAUCGGCGGGAAUGCCAUCUGCUACUCUACCGGCUUAGCAGCUCUGACCGCCGCUUUAGUACUUCUGAACCCCCGCCGCAUCUCAAUCGGCGAAGGUUAUCAUGGUAGCCAUGAAGUUAUCGGUGUCCUCUCACGCCUGUCCGGACUCCAGAAACUAGACCUUCACUGCCCCGCAGAGAGCUUAGAAGAGGGAGAUGUGAUUCUGCUAGAAACCCCUGUCAACCCUCUGGGAACAGCUUUCAGCAUCGAGGAAUUUGCCCAAAAGGCUCACUCGAGAGGUGCCUAUCUCAUUGUCGAUAGCACCUUUGCUCCUCCAAGCUUACAAGAUCCCUUCCAGUGGGGUGCUGAUAUUGUGAUGCAUUCCGGUUCCAAGUAUUUUGGCGGCCACAGUGACCUUCUCUGUGGUGUUCUUGCGACAAAGCGUCAGGACUGGACCAAGAAGCUUUUCGAGGAUAGACUUGCGUUUGGAAGCGUCAUCGGCAAUUUAGAAGCUUGGCUUGGUCUGCGCAGUCUGCGUACCUUGGAAGUCCGUGUAGAGCGCGCAAGCAAGAGCUCCGAGAGAUUAAUCUCAUGGUUGAACGAAGGAUUGAACGCCCAGAAUCCAGCUCCAGGUAGUGAAGAACAAAUUAUCCAGAGCAUUCUCCAAAAGAUUCACCAUGCCAGCUUGCAGGAUGAACUUUGGGUACGGAAACAGAUGCCGAACGGCUUUGGUCCUGUUUUCUCGAUUGUUCUGCAGAGCGAAGAUUUCGCACGGGUCCUGCCAAGCAAGUUGCACCUCUUUCAGCAUGCAACCAGCCUUGGUGGUGUUGAGUCCUUGAUUGAAUGGAGAGCACUGUCCGACUCUAGAGUAGACCGGAAGCUCUUGAGACUGAGUGUGGGAUUGGAAAACUGGGAGGACUUGAAGAAUGAUUUACUUAAAGCGUUCAAGUCCCUUCUGUCCCAAUCAUGAAAUAAUGUCACGGAUUCUUUCUCCUGUACAUAUUGAGAUAUACCGUUUCUGGAAUGCUUGUUGUUCGUUUUCAUUGGUCUCUCACC